GUUCAAGUGCGGUGGAGCGUAUCCGGCAACGAGUUGAAAUGAAACAACGCAAGGAAAAGUUAGUGGAAACCCCCCUGCGUGAGAAAAUCCUUCGCUUAAACCUCGCCACCCCAAGCAAGUUCAUGACGAAGGGUGUCGACCCGAACGUGUCGUUCGACCUCGACGAUGUUUUUGAAUAUUUAAGAACGCCAGAUCAAACGAGGAUGGAAAUGAAACAAGCCAUGCGUGACAAACCUGACACACCACUUAGUGUUUUCGUCGAAAGAUUUCUUGCUGAGUCAUUAAAAGGAAUUGAUGACUCGUCGAAUAUCGUCGCAAAUUUGGAAAAAGUUUUCGAUAAAGAAGAAGUUAAUUAUGACAUCACAGGUGGAGAAGAAUCAAUAAAAAGCAAAGAAAUUUUACGCGGGGUUGUGGUGUAUGUUUCAAAGAAAUUAUCGGAUCAAAGACUUAAAUUAAAUGAAUUGGUGAAACAAUUGGGGGGCGAAGUUCGGUUGGGCUACGAUGGUAGUUGCACACAUUUUGUGUUUCAGGGUAAAAACAACGACCCAAAUCGUGAGUUCCGCUUGGCUCGUUCAGACGGAAAGUUUAUCGUUUCUCCCCACUGGGUGGCAGCUUGCGAGGACGGAAGAGUGGGUGAAGGGGAAUUUCCCCAUGAUUACGACCCAAACAGGUCAAUACAGAUUGUGCGAAAGCCAUCAUUGUCAAGCAACAUUGAGAAACCUGAAGGAGACAAUGUGGAUUCGCAAGAAGUUCGGGAAAGUUUACGUCGAACGUUGGAGAAUAUAAUGUCUGGGAAACCCAGUGUUGCACGAACGCAAAGAUUAAGUUGCAACACUGUGUUCACCCCCGAGGCAACUCGGGAUAAAACGAGCGACGAAAUGUCGCAAGACGUACAGGUUGUUUGGGACGAUCCAAUUGGACGAGAGGAAAUGGAAAGAUUGCAAUGUUUACAAACAAUGGUGAAUCCCCCAAAAGAAGAAGCACAAAAUAUCAAUGAAGGGAAACCACCCAUGUUCCUUAUAUCUUCUGUCGCACCAGAUAAGAAAGUAGAAUACGCGGCAAUCAUUCAAGAUUUAGGGGGAAAAUAUUUGGACCGUGAUUAUUUUGAUCCAGAGUGCACCCACCUUAUCGUGCAGAAACCCGCUCGUAACGAAAAGUAUCUGGCAUCACUGUCUGCGGGAAAAUGGGUUUUGCACACAAGUUACAUCGAGGCUUGCAAAAAAGCCAGCACUUUUGUGAAGGAGGAAGAAUAUGAAUACGGGAAUCCGUCGUUUGAGUGGUCACCAUCUAACGAGAUUGAAUCUUUACUUGGAGCAUCAGCCAUUAGGUGGCGUCAGUUGUUGGGGAGCAGCGGGGCAUUUAGCGGAUGGAAGGUUAUUCUCCACUUAAACGACCGACAAUCACCUGGCUUUGUUCGACUUUUACAAAGUGGUUCCGCAUCAGUGGUUGCGACGUCGUUACCGUACAGCGGGCCACUAGAGGGAAUCACACACGCAAUACUGGACCAAAAUAAAAUUAAACAAAUUCCGUCGACUGACGUUGAAAAUCUUGUUCGAGCUGGUGUGCAUUGUUGUCUGCCUGAAUAUAUUGCUGAAUAUUUAAUGAAAGAUCCCCAACCAAAACCGGAGGAUCUUUACCUCCCCCUGGUGAAAACAAUGUUAUUUGAAUCUGGCAACACUGACUCUGGCACGCCGAAGAAACGAAGGAGAUUUAAUUAAUUUAAGUUAAUUGACACCUGUUUGCAAAUAAAUAUCGUUACCCGACAUUUAGUUUUAAUAUUUUAUUCGUCCCCGCUGCGGAAACAUCUUGUGCGCCCUCCAGCGAGGUUAGCUGUAUCAGGUUUUUGGAGAAAUUUUUCUUUUCCCGAAAUUUGGAUUCGAGAUGGCAGAUUCUGUGCCAAAGAAGCGGACUUUCCGCAAAUACACCUACCGUGGUGUCGACCUUGAUCGACUACUCGAUAUGUCCAGGGAGCAACUAAUGGAUAUGUAUUGUGCUCGCCAACGACGAUCGUUCAAUCGCGGGGUUAAACGCAAGCAUAAUGCUUUGUUGAAAAGAUUACGUAAGGCAAAGAAAAAUACUCCGGCUCUUGAAAAACCUGAAGUUAUAAAAACUCACCUUCGGAAUAUGGUUAUUGAACCAGAGAUGGUCGGAAGCAUGGUUGGCGUUUAUAAUGGAAAGGUGUUCAACCAAGUGGAAAUAAAGCCGGAGAUGAUUGGCCGAUAUUUGGGUGAAUUCAGCAUCACAUACAAACCAGUGAAGCAUGGACGACCCGGUAUUGGUGCAACACACUCAUCUAGGUUCAUACCA